AAGCGAAAGUUACCUGUGCCAUAGUGACUGUGCUCUGCGAGUGACCUGGACACUCCUUUUUUGCCACUUCUCUAUUUUACCUAUUUCUCCAUUUGUCGCUCAAAACGAUCUGUGGUCACAACCGGCCAACAAUGGACGCUUCUUUUUCCCCUACUUCGCGAUUUCUCAUUAAUUUUAGACGGUCAUUUUUACGUCCCGAGUUUUUUUGAAUCUAUUUUCCGAGAAUACAAAGUUAUUUUUAGGCUUAACGAAAUCUUGGAUUAGUCAUUUAUUAUCGAAUUUUUAGUCCCAUUACCUUCCUUUUAUCCGAUAAUAGUUAUUUUCGUCCCAAAUGUUUUGCGUCUAUUUUCCAAGUUUCGGAAUGCUAAAUUAUUUCUCGAUUUCGCCAAAUCUUGGAGUAAUGGUUUAUUAUCAGAUUUUUAUUCCUUUUAGCUAUCUUUAUCAGAGAAUGGUUAAUAGACAUUUGCGAAUGGUUUAAAUAUCUUGCAAGCCUACUUUGCAUGCUAUUUUACGAUACGAAAUGAUUGUUUUCGCUCUCAGGGAAUAUCGGAAAAUGAAUAAAUUAUCAUCAGACUUUAGUUAGUUUAGUUUUAGUUUCAUCUCCCAGAUUAUCUACUUAUGCAUCAUCAUCUAGGAAUUUCAGAGAGAAGGUUUAAUAACUUUAUAAAUUAAUGUAUCAAGGAAUUACAUAAGUCUGAUUCAAAGGCGAAAGGAGGAGAUUAUACAUUUUUUCUCAAUUAAUUAUCAAGGAAAUUAUGUAAUCCUAGAUUGAAGUCUCGAGGCGAAACUACUUUGAUCGCCCGAAGCGAUUUUCAAAGAAAGGGAGAGCGAACAGCUAAAGUCACUUUCUUUGCAGGAAAGAGUCGAAUGGAAAUCCUAUCGAAAUUAUGCGUAAUACUUAUGGCAAGUUUCACCGUCACAUCCGGAAGAAGUACUCGACAAUUGGAUUGGGUAACUCAGGUGACAUCUUACAUGGACCCGAUUCCCGAGGGACUCGGCGAGAUCUGCAGAGGCCACGUUCUGGAGUACCUGCAGGAGCUUAAACACCUGGAAACAUGGGCCGUAAGCAUGAUGGACGCGAGCUCGAAGUUCCCAUCGGGAGCUUUUUCGGGAAACAUACGUCUACUGGGAAAUUUCGACCAAUGUGUCAGACUUCGCCACCCUGAGGGGAAACACCACGGGAAGUACUGCCUGCUGAAGCUGGAGUUUUCCACAUUCGGGGAAAAUCUUGAGCAUUUGGAAAAAUUAAUCGACAUCGUGACCGCCAGUAGAAGGCCCCUGGAAAUCGGCGAGGACUGGCUGGAGGGUACUCACGUAUUACCUAUUUAUUCCUUCGGAGAGUAUGCCCUUUGCCUUCCCUCCACUUGCUCUUCCGAGGACGCCCGCAAGUUGGGCUUGGUCGCAAUUAGUCGCAUGACUUCUGACACCGGAAUGAACAUUACAGUGAUGUUGGAUGACAGCAGAUGUUACACGAGAUCUUCUGGAAGGCCUCUCGAGAUCCUGGACUUCUUCGUCAUCGCAAUUUUCCUGGCACUGGUGCUCGUAAUCUUGACCUCGACAAUUUACUUCUACGUCGCCGGGGCAGAAAAAAUGAAGAGUCCUGUCAGUCGUUUUUGCUCUUCCUUCUCUUUGCUGGAGAACUGGAGGAGACUGGUCGACCUGGAGGUUCAACCUCGAGAUUCGAUCACCUGCCUCGAUGGAGUUCGAUCUCUCUCGACUAUAUGGGUCGUGAUGACGCACCAAUUCGUUCUGAUCAGCCAAUCGCCAUAUGCUAAUAAGAUGGAAACUUUUCGGACGCACAAUAACUAUGUCUACUAUCUGCUGUGGAACAGCUACUUCAACGUGGACACGUUUCUCCUGGUUAGUGGGCUCCUAAGGUCCUACAACGUGAUGAAGGAUCUCGGAAAGGAUCGUUUCAGGAUCUUUUGGUCCUGUGUCCAGAGAUACAUGAGACUGACACCGGCAUAUCUCUUCGUGAUCCUCUUCUACAUGACGAUCUUCGAACGCCUUGACAGCGGUCCGGCUUGGAACUACUACGUCACAAGAAACAGCGAGGCGUGCAGGCAAUAUUGGUGGCAAAACCUAUUGUACAUCAAUAAUUACGCAUCUCAUAACUACAAGUGCAUGCUGCAGUCCUGGUACUUGUCUGCAGAUAUGCAGCUCUUCUUGGCCGCACCUUUCUUGGUCUAUCCUUUAUGGAGGUGGCGAUUUUUCGGAAAACUCCUCUCGGCUUUCCUAAUGGUCCUCUCGGUUUUAUCACAAUUCUUAACAGUGUACUUGUACGAACUUCCCGGCACUUACGUGCCCUCCGUUCGGAAUUCAGUAUUAAAUGAAUACUGUCAUCGAGUUUAUAUGGCAACCCAUAACAGAUCCUCUCCCUAUAUCAUCGGGAUUUUCUUGGGAAGCAUCCUGUACGGCAGUAAAAAUGUGACCAUGAGUAAACUCAAAGUGAUUUUUGGCUGGACCUUGUCUUUAGCCACGAUGUAUACUUGCAUUUACGGUGCCAUGGAGAUCACUUCUGUCGGUCAUACCUACAAUGUCUGGGAAUCUGCAAUCUAUGGUGGUUUCCAUAGAUUUGUAUGGGCUUGUGCCGUAGCAUGGCUCAUUUAUGCUUGUCAUACUGGAUAUGGUGGUGCCAUAGACAGAUUUCUCUCUUGCACAUUGUUCAGAUAUUCGGGUAGAUUAAGCUACUCCGUUUAUCUGACGCAUUUGGCACUUCUUUUGUACCACGUUGGAGUACUUCAGAUACCCAGGCAACUUCACAUGUAUAUAACCAUCCGAGAAUUCACAGGGGACUUCGUCUUCAUCUUUUUCACGUCCUUGGUUUUGUACCUUUGUGUAGAACUUCCGUUUUUUAAUUUGACCAGGCACGCCUUUCGUUAAAAGAAUAAAGAUGUUUUCGAGGA